ACAAACACAAAGCAGUAACUAGUAGUUGUGGCAUUCAAUUAGUGUUAAUAACCUAUCAAUCUUGCACAGUUAAUCUUAAUUGAAAAGAAAAUUGAAAACUAGGGUUUUAGGUUAAAUUAGUUUACCUUUAAGGAUUGAGUGGUUAAAACGCCUUCAAAUUAAUUCCAACUUCGAAUUCACCCUUUGUUCCACGAGCCCAAACGAAAAAAUGGAAGAAAACGAUGGUUUAUGAUUUUUAACGGAGGGGAUGAAGAUGAACUGUGUCUGAAAGAAAAAAACUAGAAGAACCAAAGUUCUCUUCGAGUUCUCUAGAUGAUUUAGGGUAAAUAGUGGAACGGUUAAUGGUUAGCCGGUUCUAUCGAUUUCGACCGGUCAAGAUAAGGAGAACGGUUAACCAUUAACCGUUUCGUUCAAAAAAGACGAUUAGUGACCGUUAUAUGAAAAACGGCUGAUCAAUGACCGUUUUUUAGAGUUAGAACGGCUAACGGUUAGUCGUCCCAGGAAAUCUCCGGGAAAAACCGUAAGAUCCAGGCCAUUCUCGGACUGAUGUGUAAAUGGGUUUGGGAAGUGCCUGGGAAGCUUCAGUAGACCCAGUCUAAACAUUGUAGAUAUUAUCUGUCACAUAUGUAGGAAAGAGAAUUUGGUUGGUGGAUUUUAUCAUUUACUACGUAUAAGUUUCCUUUUUUCCCGUAGCCUAAACUCACCCUCUCUUGUGGUUCUAGACAUGUCCCGGAUCUCUACCGGUUUAUGAACUAUGUUAAGAAGAUUUACCAAUAUUUCCUUGGACACGGAGAUGAUAGCAAGUUCCAUUUUUUUUCGACGACGGAAUUAAGAUUAGGGUAUAGGAUUCGAGUUCCACCGUAAUGAAUGUUUGAUUAAUCCGGUCGACCUAUUCUCCCUUCACAACCAAACCAAAUACUCAACAAUUCCACUUUUCAAUUUUCAUCAGCUUCUUCUGUUUUUUCUCGAAAAUCAAAAAACCCAUUUCUAUUAUCGAUCAAAUAGAUUUGGUGGUUAGGGUUUUGGUUUUGUUAAUAAAAUGGCAGCUGCAAUUGGAUUUUCCACCUCUGUUGCAGGUACAAAAACAGCAAUGGAGUCUUUGAUUUUUAAAUCUGGGUCUUCCUCGACAAAUUCUCUUUCUCAAUUCCGGGUUUUUCAUAGACCAAUUGCAGUGGGAAACAGAAGAAUUGUUAAAAGAGGUAUUUCUUUGAACCCUAGAGGUAAUUUUGUUCCCGAUAAAAGUUUGAAUCUUGAGAAUAAGAAUGAUGGUAGGGUUUCCAGUCUUUCUACUCUAGAACAGCUUCAAAAUUCCGGUAUUGACAGGUACUCAAAGGAAAAGAGUAGUAUUGUGGUUGUUGGGCUUAGUUUUCACACUGCACCAGUAGAAAUGCGUGAGAAACUUGUCAUUCCGGAAGCUGAGUUGCCUCGAGCUGUCGAAGAACUUGCUGGCUUGCAUCAUAUUGAAGAAGCUGCAGUUCUUAGUACUUGCAACAGGAUGGAGAUAUAUGUUGUGGCUCUCUCUUGGCAUCGUGGAAUUACAGAAGUUACUGAAUGGAUGGCAAAGACAAGUGGAAUUCCUGCUGCAGAGCUUCGUCGGCAUCUAUUCAUAUUACGCGACAAGGAUGCUAUACAACACUUAUUUGAAGUAUCAGCAGGGCUGGAUUCUCUUGUUCUAGGAGAAGGACAAAUCCUGUCUCAGGUAAAACAAGUUAGCAGAGUCUGUGGAGGAGUUUCAGGGUUCGGGAGAAAAAUCAGUGGCUUGUUCAGACAUGCCAAUACGGCUGGUAAGCGAGUUCGUACGGACACGGACAUUGCGUCCGGGGCAGUUUCUGUUAGCUCAGCUGCGGUAGAGCUUGCCUUGAGGAAACUUCCAGCAUCAUCGUUUCCCACAUCCAGAAUGCUGGUAAUUGGUGCUGGCAAAAUGGGAAAGCUUGUGAUCAAACACUUGGUAUCUAAAGGGUGCACUCAAAUGGUUGUUGUUAACAGAUCUGAGGAAAGAGUUGCCUUGAUGCGUAAGGAAUUCGAUAGCAGUGUAGAUAUUAUCUACAAACCUCUCACUGAGAUGUUCACUUGUGCUUCCGAAGCUGAUGUGAUCUUCACCAGUACUGCAUCUGAAACUCCACUAUUCAUGAAGGAGCAUGUCGAGGGACUUCCUCCCGUGGUUGGUGGAUUAAGGCUCUUCAUUGAUAUAUCUGUUCCUAGGAAUGUUGGAUCCUGCGUCUCGGAACUAGACAAUGCAAAAGUCUUCAAUGUUGAUGAUCUUGAGGAGGUUGUGGCUGCUAACAAGGAAGAUCGACGCCGAAAAGCUAUGGAAGCUCAGGUAAUUAUAUCUGAGGAAUGCAAAAAAUUUGAAAACUGGACGGAUACAUUAGAAACGGUUCCCACCAUCAAGAAGCUGAGGGCUCAUGUAGAAGGAAUUAUAGAGUCAGAGUUCAAAAAAUUCCUUGCGAAGAUGGGGGUUGAUUUUCCUGAGACGAUAAGGAACGCAGUGCAAUUUCUUACCCGUGGUAUAAUGAAUAAAAUCCUUGCUGGUCCAACGAAGCAUUUAAGAUGUGAUGGAAGUGAUAGUAGAACUGUUGAUGAAAUUCUGGAGAAUAUGCGUGUAAUUAACAGGAUAUUCAACUUGGGAAUUGACGUAUCUAUAUUAGAACAGAAAAUUCGAUCCAAGACAAAACAAUCUCAAAAGUAAGUCCUUUGUCAUCAUAUUUGCAUGUUCUUGAUCUCCAAUACGAGGGGAAAAAAAACUCAUAUAUAUUCACAUUUUUCGAUGUUGUA